UCAACAAAAUGGCGAUCAAGCACAACCAGCAGAUUCCUAAGAAUCAUUUCCACAAGGACUGGCAGCGCCGCGUGCGGACGCACUUCGAUCAGCCCGGCCGCAAGACCCGCAGAAGGAAUGCCCGUGUUGAGAAGGCCGCCCGCGUCGCUCCUCGCCCCGUUGACCGGCUCCGACCUGUUGUGCGAUGCCCAACCGUCAAGUACAACCGCCGUGUGCGCCCCGGCCGUGGCUUCUCUCUCGCUGAGCUGAAGGCUGCUGGCAUCCCCCGCAAGCUCGCACCCACCAUCGGUAUCGCCGUUGACCCCCGCCGCCAGAACCUCUCCGAGGAGAGCCUCAAGGCCAACGUGGAGCGCCUCCAGGAGUACAAGAAGCGCCUCAUCCUCUUCCCUCGUCGCAACGGCAAAACCAAGAGCGGUGACGCUUCUGCUGAGGACGUCAAGGCUGCCAAGAAGGGCGAGAACGUCGUCUCCUCCACCUCCAGCAUCUUGCCCAUCAAGAAUGUUCCCGUCUUCGAGGAGGGCCCCAUCGGCGACUACGAGGCUACGGAGAACGCGUACAGGGUUCUUCGCGACUCCCGCGCUGAGGCUCGCCACCAGGGUGCUCGUGCUAAGCGCGCUGCUGCCAAGGCUGAGGAGGAUGCUUCUAAGAAGAAAUAAAGUGUCCCUGAUCGAUCAAAGAGAGGACAGGAAAAGGCUUGAUUGGGCAUUAAAAGCGAUUACCACGGCCUGGUGAAGGCUACUUUCGCAUGGAUGGCGUCAAAUGGUUAGGUCACUGCCAGGGAAGGCAGCAUGUGAAUGAUAUCUAGUUCUACAAUGCCACCACCAUUCGCCGUCCC